ACAAAAAUAAAUUUUAUAGUUGAAUUCAAAUAAAUAGACAGAAUCCAAUAUGUCCAAAUGACAAAUAAAUUGACUGUAAAAACAACAAAAUCAAUUAGAUAAAUAUUUAAUUAAAAUAAUGUGAUAUAAUUAAUAUAAAUUAUAUGUACAAAUUAUAAAUUAAUUUAAAAUUAAAAAUAAAUAUCAAUUAAUUGUUAUAUUAUAUUUAUUUUAUAAAUAUUUAUGUCCGUGCAUGAGCACGGGAAAAUCACCUAGUUAUAUUAUGGUUGUGCUGGCGACUGAUUACCGUUAAUAAACUUAUGCAGUAAGAGUAUUUUAAUGCAAGUGCUACAAGGAUGGACAACUUAACCUAAUAUCCAAAACCAUGAUAUACAAGAUUCGAUCUGUAGUUUUUCAUACAUUAUCUUUUUUUUUUAGAUCUAGAUUAAUUCACAUCUGACCAUUUUACCAGCAAAUACUAAAAGCAAUCUGAUGGUUCAGCAAACUUUAAAAAUGCGAAUGUCACAACUCACAACCUUAAACCUCCUUAAUGGCUAAAAUUGUCAAGUGGUUGCCCCUAAGUUACGCCACGAUUUAGAGAAUUAAUUAUUCCCCAAUGUGAACUUAUUGGGAACCCAGGGAAUGCUAUAUUGAACUGACUCGGUUAAAUGUUUAAACAAUCGAAUAAAUAAUAACCGAGACUCAGUCAAAAACGUCAUAGUUAAGUAAUUUAUACAGACUAACUUAUAUUACAUAAAUCGGAUGUUUAAAAAGAUAAAUACAGACUAAAAGUCAGAUUGCACGCUAUUUAUAUUACAUAAAUCUCAGAGUUGAAUAUAAAUUACAGUCGUUGCGCUAUUAUUUUAUAGAUGUAAUCUUUACUAUUUGAGCAACUGCAAAAUCGGUUUUAUAGUAUUGAGUAUUUGAGUCUUGCAUAUAUAGACUAGAGAAUACAUUUAAUCAUAAUUAAACUAAUUUAGUAUGUACAAAUUUGUGUGCUGGAAAAGUUUUUCUAUUACCGUAAAGAUUAAUUAAAGCUGCUAAGCAUCACCAAGGUGUUGUCUACUAUUAAGAAGUAGUAAGUCUUGCAUAAAAAAACAUUAGUAUAAAGAGACCCGUACUAAAAUGAAAGUGUGACAUGGAUCCCAUGGUCCACUUGUAUAUAAACAACAUUAAUCCAAACUGUAUUCGCGUACAAAAUUACAGAACGUGGUACGUGGUGGAUCAGGUUAAAGAAGAUGUCUCUAGAUUUGUGGGAAUAAAAAGAAGCCGUCUUGAAUCCAACAACAGUGGAGUGGGCUUUACUUGAAUUCUGAGUGAUAUUACUGCUGUUUAAAUUGUUUUGCGAAAUAAUAACAACCCAAAAUAUUAGUUUAGCGCAUUUUAAAUGAUUGUGUGUUUGGCCCACUUUAAUUAAUGUAUCGAGAAAUUUGAAACGAAGCUGUUUAUGAGGGUUAACGCCUCGUGUUAGUAGCUACGUUCGUCGUCGGGUCACACCUAGGAAGCAAAUAUGAUGAAGCUCUCGCUGAUCUCCUUACUCCUUGGGUUGUGGUUCUUCUCGACGAUCUGUCACUCAAAUCCUCUCGCUCGCGCUUCAACGAUACGGCCAGUACUUGUACGAUGGGCUCAUCAUCUGACUGAGCCCCUACACCUACCUGAUCGCUACUUUGCUUGUGGAGGAUCAUUGGAUUCGAAAUCCAUAGCUGAUUUCGUGACGUGGGAUUGCCACAGAGUGUGGGGUUGAUUUCGAUGAGGUUAAUCUCCCUGCAAACUUCUUUCAGCCUGCUAACCCAACUUCCAAGUUGUCCACUCCUCCCCACCUCACUGCGGAGAUACUGGAGUGGUCAGGGAAGAGCUGGGAACCGUAUGUAGCGGAUGAUGUGCAGGUUCAGUUUGAGCCCAUAUGUCCUGAAAACCUUGUCAACAGACAAGAAGGGUCUGUUUCAUACAUCUUUCAAGGUUCCUGAUGUGUAUGGUGUACUCCAGUUUAAGGUUGAAUAUAAAAAGCUCGGCUACACUAAAUUCUCUCUUUCAAAGCAGAUUCCUGUGAAGCUUUACAGACAUAAUGAGUAUCAGAGAUUUAUCCCAACUGCCUAUCCUUAUUAUGGAGCCUGCCAUACUUCUCUCUUUUUUUUCUUUCACACAUACACAGCUGCUAAAGGAGCUUAUCUUUUGUGUGUUUUCAAUGCAGAUGGCUGGUUUCCUUGUCUUCAGCUUCGUCUAUCUCUACCAUAAGUAGAAAAUGCAUUGAAUUUGGUUCUCCAGUCUCAUAAACCCAGUAACCCCACAUCAGUUAUCAUAACUUAGCCCUAUAGCCCAAACAAUACAUUGAAUUUUACGGAAGAGAACCGAAGCUUCUGGAGAGAUGAUCAUCAGGUUAACCAUUGCUGCAUCAUUAAGGAGGAGGUAGUCGGGUUUACAGAACGUAAGGAUAGGAUUCUGUCCCUGAUCUGUCUGUCUAUCUUGCGGAUCAGAACAUCAGAAGAGGAGAAGAUGUUUCUGUGUAGUCUGGUAUUCCUUUCUGACCAAGACCAAUACAAGCACGCUUGCCAGCAUAAUAAGGAGAGCAUACCAAUUGGUGAUCGUUUGUUAACCACCUGCAGCUGCAGCAAGACCCUGCUCCAAGAUCGUUCACCGUGGAUUCCACAUCGCCUAAUCAGUUCACUCCAUAUUGCCCAAGUGUAAUCACACUCAAAAAAAAGAUGAUUGCGGCUUUCAUCGCUGUGAUUACAGAGCAGACAUACCGCUGGAGUAGCAAGACCCCAACCAAUUAUUCUGUCUCUCGUAGGGCAACGGUUCAAAACAAACAGCCAGGAGAGAAAGCUGUGUCUUGGCACUCCACUUUUGUUCCAAACCGUCUGGAACCAAGGGACAGAGACUCCUUGAUCUCUAAGGAGGGAGUUGCCAACCAUCAUUAGUAUGGAGGGAAGCCAGAGUCGCAAAUUCCGGGAUUCCAAGUGAAGUACUUGAUCCUAGUUGCAGGAAAUGUCUCAUCAUGCCGAGAGAGGACCAAUUGUCUGUCCAAAACCGACAGGUGACACCAUUACACACCCGCUUUUUGAUCCAUUGAUAGAUCAAUGGACUGAGCUUUAGUCAAACACUUUCAACCUUUGUUUUGUUCUCCGCGUAUUUUAUGUUAGCGGGUAAUUUUACAACCUUUCUCUACUCUCUUUUCCCCUUGGUAAAAAAUAUAAGUAUGAUCGAGGCACGUCACUCACUGUAAUCCACAUACUUUUUCAUAAAUAUCAUAUUUUUAACUACUGUUAAAUUUAUCACCGAUUUAGAAAGCUAGACCGGUGAUAUAGAGAACAUAAAAAUACAAAUUUCAAACAAAAUAAAAAGAAGCGUCAAACAGCUCGUACAAUUCAACAAGUACAAUUUAUAAAUUUAUGAAUAAUAAAUACUAUACAGUAAUAAUUAUAAAGAAUAUAGUUUUAUAAACAAACAUAAACAUAUAUAGAAAAUCAACAAAUUCUAUUUUUAUUUAAAUAAACUUUCACAAAAAAAAAUGUAAAGAAAUAAAUUCUAUUUUUAUAAGUUUAAAAUUAUUUUAAAUUUCUAACAAAUAUUAAUAAAUAUCACCCUAUAAAAACAAAUUUGUACUUUAUAAAAAUUGGUAUAUAAACCAUUAAAAGUGUCUACAUAUUUAAAAUCACCAAUCACAAUAUGGCAAAUCAUAAUUUUAGGUACAAUUUAUACCACAAUUGUAAAACAAUUAGCAAUGGAUGUCGUUUGAGCAGGUUGUUGUUCAGUGUUCACUUAAGACUCGGGAACUUGUAAAAUUGGUUAUAGGCUUUUAUGUUAGGUUUUCCAGGCCUGCUAUGCUAUAGUUUGCCCAUUUGAAAUAUCUAAUUACCCACCUAAAGAUCGUGUAUAAAAAUAUUGACAAUAUUGUAUUUGAAAUAAUUGAUUGUCCACCCGCCUGAAAAAGUAGGGAAAAGAAUCGGUUACAACUUACUUGGUAACAUGGAAAAAAUAUAUAAAAAUUAACGGUCAAGAAAAGGGAGAGUGGGUGGGUGAAUAAAAACAGUAACGUUCACUCAGCUGGGGAAGGUAGCUUCGUAAAAAGCAAAGAAUCAACCUUUCUUUGUUAUUUAUCACAUAAACAAUGACCCCACAAGAAAUUUAAAGUAGUUGGAUCCUCUCGUGAGAGCUUUGGUUGGUAAACUAAACAAAACAAAAAGCAAAGAAACCCUCCUUAGAUAUCAACUCCCCAACACUCUCUCAUGCACAUACACUCAUCGAUUCCAAACUCUCCUCUUGCGUUUACGUGGCCACUUGUUUACGUGUGUCCUCACUCAUUUAUCAGCUACUCAACUGCUCCUCCUUUCUCACAUAUUCCGUGUUUUCCAUUCUUCUUUCUUGGGGGGUGUGUUAAUUGUGAGAUUCUCCGACGACACGCAGGUCAAAUUGUUCUCAAACACACACGUACCUCAGUUUUACGUUAAAGUAGCCCGAAAUAAUUUUUUUUUUUUUUUUUUUUGGUAAAAUGUUAAAAUAUUAUUACCAAUUUUUAAUUUUUGACAGACGAUACAAUAGAUGACUAGUAGCGGAAAUAAAAACAACAACACAAUAACAAACUAAAGACAGCAAAUAAAGGCUCGGACUGAUUAACAACGCAGCACAACCGGUUAAAACAAAGCAAUAGCGAGACGAGGUAAGACCUUACAACCCUGAAACUAGAUGAGAAGACCGGCCGGUUGCCACGAGCACUGAGAGAAGGGCGCCCUCAAACCCUGAAUGCAACAGUUACCUACAGCUUCUAGCCGAUAACCCAGAGCAAAGCAGAGCGCAGAAUCCAACCACGGACACAGAGCAAGCAAGAUAAAAGAGACCACCGGCGGUACGAGGAAAAGCCGAAGACCAACAGUGCCGUCGUUCCGAGGUUUACGCCGGAGAUUACCGCCUCCAUUGCAUUUCUCGGGGACCGUAUACACUCAUUUAACCACAACCCGAAUAGAAUAUGGAUCGGUAGACGGACAGCUCCUCCGGAGGCAACUAAACCGAAGCCACGCUCGAGCCCCCGUUGACUUACUAUCACACCAGCAAAAACACAGUCGAGCCAGAAGUUGUUGCCAAGCCACGAACACGAACCUGCUGAGAUUAUUUGAGAGAAGCUAGCGACGGAGAAGGCCACAAACGUCAUCACCACUGAGUUCUGAGCGAUGAAGAAGCACACCAUGUGAAACCACACACUACGCGACGCCACAGGGAAACCGGACGGACGUCUCCAUCCUCGACGAAACCCACGCGCAGCCACCACCUGAGAACACGACGGUGGCUCACAGAUUCAGAAGAGAGAUCUGGAGUUACCAAGAACCAGUGCCUCAACACCACUCGAGUUUCCAAGUUCCGGCAAACCCUAGACCCCCAACUCCACACGCAGCUGAAGCCACCACCAGGAGCCACCCCGGAGGUAAAUCGAGCCAACGAGGAGCUUAACGACACAACACGCGCCACCAACUCGGCGGGACAAGACUGGAUCUGGGAAAAAAAUUGGCGAGCUCCGAUUCAGACGAGGGAAUCACAAAGGUGGAAGAAACCGUCCUCUAGAGACUUCCGCCGUUGUUAACCCUAGAUCUAUAGUCGGAGCGACCAGAUCUGAGACACAGUCAAGCACCACCCUCAAAGCCGCAGAACAACGAAGGAGACAGACGAGAGAGAGAUAGAGAUGGACAUAGACGGGAGAGAGAUGGAGGCCGGCCACCGCACGAGGCGGCGGCCGCCGGACUAAGCUGACGGAGAGGAGCUCGGGAGUAGAGAGAAGGUGGAGAGUUUGUUUUGAGAGAGAGAGUGCGUUUUCACACGCCAGAAAGGUGUUUUCACCUCUUUGCCGGGAACCCAAGCAAUGUAAAUAGUCCCUCCCAGCACGAAUCGAACCCGGGUGGCGGAAGUUACAGCCGCAACCCCUUUACCACCAGAGCUGACUCGUUCUGGUAAAAAGGAAAUUAAGUACAGAUUACAUUUGACAAUGUUGCUCUUAACAUACAUAUCAUUGCCUUCCACUAAUAAUUGUUUUUUUGUGAAGAUGAUGACUGCAUAUUCUCGAACAAUACAUUAUUACGUUAGGAAUAUGUUCUCUCGUGUCUUCGUAAUCCACUACUGGAAUAUUCCUCCUUGGCUUAAUGUUUGAAAAAUAACUCACCGAAUUUUUUUAAAUCAACCUACAAUUAUACAGAAGUGAUGCUUGCACUUAUCUAAAUCUACGUGUUAUGGAACACCGCAUUCUAAAAGGAUAAUACACAUUUUUCUAAUCAAAAUUUCGUUUUAGAGUAUUAAUUAUAAUUAAGGAUUUUAAAUUGAUGCUUUAGAUGAAUAUUUUAGUAGUUCUUAAAAGACUUCGCGUGUCAGCAAGAUUUUUUUUUUUUUUUCCUCCGGCAAUGCGUGGCGACUCACUUAUGACGUCUGACGAUUAGCAUUAGCUAAACCGAUAUAAAAACAUUUUCACUCCUGACAUAAUCUUUCAUUUGCAAAAUUUUCAAUGAUCUCAUUUUAUAAAUAUUAAUAUUUAAUUUAAUUUUAGUUAUAUUAUUAAAAUUUAAUGUAAAAAUGAAAACAUUUAGAAUAAACACAUGCAUGUGUCAGAAAGAUACUUUCUUAAAAAAUUUCGGAAAAAAUUUUAACCUGAUUUUGUACUAUUUUUUACUUUGUUUAAUCAUAAGAUAUCUACUAGAAUAUUACAAACGUGGAUGCUCUAAUGUAAUUCACAUGACAAAACGAUUAAAUCCUCAAUUUGUUUUGCUCAUAUUGUUCUCAUGAAAGAAUAUUGUUCAAUUUAAUUAUCCAAACUCGCCAAAAACGAGGUAUUUUUUUUUUCCUGUUUCAUCUAAAUAAUUUCGAGUUGAUGUGCAUUUUAAUCAUAUACUAGUAUUAUUACUAUGAAUGCAAGAUUUAAAAAUACGAACGGAAUUCUUCAUUCGUCAAUGAUUUAUAUUUUAAAAAUAUCAGAGAUGUCUAUCGAGUGUAUUCACACUGAGGAAUAAACCAAAUGCAUUAUUGCACUAAUAGGCAAUAAAUAUUAGAUGGUCCUAUCUUCUAUCUAUUCGUUUUGCUUUGUCAGCUAUAGAUGCGUUUAUUAGGCACGUUAAUUAAAAUAGGAUAUAUAGUUAGCUGUAUCAUAACUAACGUUUAAAAUAGUUUAAUAAGGCGAGAAAUAGAUAAGCAACGCCUAUGUGUAAUUGUCGUGUUAAAAUAUAAAUGGUGCGAUAAAGAUACUGUUGCUUCCAGUUUGUUUGCGUCAUUGUUCUGAACCAACGAUGAUACCUAUAAAAGGAAGCUCAAAUCUUCAGUUUCAAUCUCAGACCAAAAUACAAAGCCUGUUUUCUCUGUUCUGUCUCUUUCUAAAACCGUAGGUAGCUUUAGAGAUCGACGAUGUCGUCGAAGAAAACACUAGUUCGAAAUCUCUUCAACAUUUCCAAAACAUAUUCCCGGAUCUCGGGUCUUACCCGAAUGCGUCCUCCGACCAAACCGGGCAUUACUCCUGACGCCGGAGAUUCUGGAAUCCGCCGGAGAUUUCUCCACAAGAGGGCCUUUUCCUCGCCGGAUUUUGUUCCAAGAGGGGGCAAUCUGAUGGAGAAACUCAGGGAGCUGACUUUAUCGAACAAUCGGCUUCGCCUUGAUGAGAUGUUACCGCCGCCGACGCCGGAGAAGACGUCUCCGGAAAAUUUCCCGGCGGUUACGGUGGAUGACGUGAAGAAGCUUAUGAGAGCAGCGGAAAUGGAGAUGGUGAAAUCGAAACUGAGAGAGAUUGGGAAAAACUGGGUUCCGUUGUCGGAGUUUGUCCGAGUAUGCGGAGAAAACAGUUCGGAUCCUGAACAAGGUAACCGGGUCGCCAAUAUGCUCGACCAAGCUGGAAACGUCAUCGUUUUGGGAAAUUUCGUCUGCCUUAAACCCGAAGAACUAACAAGCGCCGUGGCUGGCCUAAUUCCGACAAACGAACCCACUCGCGACGCUGCGACAAUACAAGAGUUCGAGCAACUUGAGAUUAUAAAAUCAGAUAUCGACAAAAGAGCCGAUGAUAUGGUACGGCGAGAGUUAAUGGCCGGACUAGGCUUUGCUGUGGCCCAAACGAUUGGAUUUUUUAGGUUGACGUUUUGGGAACUGUCUUGGGACGUGAUGGAGCCCAUAUGCUACUACGUAAGUUCCACGUAUUUCAUGGCUGGUUACGCCUUCUUCAUCCGAACCGCAAAGGAACCUACCUUCCAAGGGUUUUACAAAAGCCGGUUGCAGACCAAGCAGAAACGGUUGAUUAAAAUGCUUGAUUUCGAUAUCGACCGCUUUACCAAGCUACAGAAGAUGCAUCGUCCAGACUUUACUAAAUCUGGUCGUUGUUGA